AUGGCUCCCGAUCUGAACUCGGUGCCUCCCUCCCCACACCCAAAUGUUACGAGCCAUCCGUCCUCCAGCACUCAACCAGCGUCCGGCUCGCUGUCCCGCCAAAACUCCACGCCAGCCUCAAGACGAGCAUCGCAAAUCUACCCCAUGAGCCCUCCGCCACUACCUCUGGCUUCACCUGGUGGUACGAUCCCGCCCAUAGCACACUCUGGGUCCCAGCACAACCUUGCCUUUCCCCCUCUCAGUCCAAACAUGAGUGGCCACAUGGCAAGCGCGGACUCGGCAGGCGUACCUAUGCGGCACCCGCGCCCCAUGACGCCCGCAGAAUUGCAUCUCGAGCUGGAGAAGGAGCAAGAAGCGGUCGUCAACAGACUCACCCGCGAACUAUCUGCGCUGCGAGCUCACUCUGCUUCUGUAGCAUCUACUGCCUCUAGCACUGCAGAGUCGUCGGUAACACACGCCGAGUCGCUAACGGGCCCUACACAUCCCACUUCCUCGCGCCGUCACCGUAGUUCCUCAAGCGUGUCCCGUAAUGGACCCCCUGCCGGCUUUCCGCAUCGCUACUCGGUGUCGUCACAGCCGGCUGGGGGUGAUGCGAGGGAUCAUCGGAGCCCGAGUGUGGUGAGUACACCGAGAUAUGAGGAGGUUGCGCUACAUAAGGCGGAGUUGGAGGAAGCCAGGAAGGAGAAUGAGGCGUUGAAGCAGAGAAUCAGGGAUUUGGAGAGGAUGAUUAGGGGGAACGAGAGUGAUGGACAGAGGGGGAGGAGCGGGCAGCCGGCGCAGGGUGCUGGGGCUUGA